AUGGCUCCCAAGCGGAAGCAGGCCUCCACAGCGGCGGCGACCGCAUCAUCCAGCAAAACGCCCGCCAAACGCCGCUCCAAACUCGCCAAAGAGCACGACCUGACCGCCGAAGAAGAACUCGAAAUUCAAGAAACAUUCGCUCUUUUCUCUCGAGAGAACGACGACUUCGCAGACACAAAGGAAGGUGUCAUCGCAACGAAUGAUGUGCGCCGCUGUCUGAUUGCCCUCAACGCCCCACCGCGCGACAAUGCGGAAUUACAAGAACUCAUCGAGACCGUCGACCCGGAAGAUAGCGGCUGGAUUCCCUACGAACACUUCGUCGCGAUCGCGGCCUUGAAGAUUCAUGCGCGCCAUGACGAUGAGGAUGACAAUCCCGAUGCCGUGAAUGAGGAGGUCGCUAAGGCGUAUCGGCUGUUUACCAAAGGCGAGGAUCGCGCGAUUACGAUGGCCGAUCUUCGCAGAGUGGCUAAGGAGCUGAGGGAGGAGAUUCCGGAGAACGUGCUCAAGGACAUGGUGCGUGAAGCGACCGGAGGUGGUCUGGGUCCGGUGGAAAUGGAUGAUUUCGAGGAUGUGAUGAGAAGGGCGGGUGUCAUCCGCUGA